GUUCAGCUGAAACUUAUGCCGUGAAAUAUUUUUUACAGAAACUAUUUUUGAUACCCACUUCCGAUAAUUUAGACCCUGAUAAAGUGUCUGUUGAUUGGGAAAAAGUAAAACAAUUACUUCCAAAGGUUCAAGCCAAAUAUUUUACUACCAUUAAUGAAUUGGAAUUGGCAAGAUUAAAGGCUGUUAAAGUAGAAAUAAGCCACAAGACUUAUGAACGAAAUAAUUUAAUCCUCGAUUUGUUGUUUUAUAGUGGAGUAAGAAUAUCCGAAUUAGUAAAUAUUAGACAUCAUUAUUUAUUCCCCAGCCAAAGGGCUAAUGAACGGGGUAAUUCUAACCAACCUUUACCGACUGAAUACAUUCGGCAAAUAAUCCAACAACGAACUUUAAAAGCAGGAAUUAGGAAACGAAUAACUCCUCAUACUUUUCGAAGGUCAUUUGCUACUCACUUACAUAAUAGAGGAACCCACUUAACUACUAUCCAAAAGUUAUUAGGUCAUACCCGUCUAGAAACUACCAUUGGCUAUAUUCACAAUGAUUUUGAAUAUUUAUAUCAGGAUUAUACCACAGGCUAUUUUCAGCAAAAUUAUUUACAACGAAAAGGAGUUGUAAAAAAUGGAGGGGAGGAAAUGGUUGUAAAAUCUCCCCAGGUUGUAAAAAAAGAAAAUAAAAUGGUUGUAAAAAAUGAGAGUUUACAACCAAUAAUUUUACAACCCGAAACCAGUUUACAACUUCCAAAAUGUUCCCGUUGCCCUGAAAUUGAAAACUCUAUCUCUAAUUUUGCUAAUCUUUACCAACAAGAGCAGGAGAAAGUUAAGGAUUUAUUAAAGAAAAUCCGAGAAUUAGAAAAACCAACCCAAAAUCAAACCAAUUCUCUAUCUAUGCCUAAUUUAUAUGCUCUAAUUAACAAACAUAAAAACUACCAAAACCGACAACAUUUUUAUAGCGAAAAAGAUAGAAAAGAAAGAGAGUUUUUAAAGAGUUUAUUGGAUAAAUUAUGGUCUUUUGCUG